UGCCUGCGUCAUGCUAUGGUGCCCAUAGUCGCCCAUAGUGAGGAAGUAAUCAUGCACGGUUACGCACUAUGUCUAUAUGGAUAUCGAAGCCCAAAUUGCAGUUUCAAAAUUGGGUACAGGUUACAGGUUUGUUAUGUAACCUCAUUUGUUUCCGGCUGUGACCUCCGAAGGUCUCUGUGUCCCGAGCGACAGAGGCGCGGCGUUGCGGACGAGUCUUUUCUCAUAUUGGAAGUGAAAGUGAAUGAAUGGGGCGGAGGCUUAAUUAGAGAAGAGACCUGCGCCUGCGCCAGUCCCUCCGACAUCACCGCGCUUCGCACACGCGUGUUUACUGCACCUGCCGACCGCGCCGCGCAUCAAGUCCCAGCUUCACCCACGUCGCCCGCACGCACACGUACCACCACCGAGAUGAGCCGGCACUCCUGCCUGGCAGCCGCGGCGCUGCUCGCCGUGCUAUGUGUCGUCAAUGCCCAGAGGAGGCUUGCUCUACCAGACCCCAGGAGUUGCGCGAAUAGGGUGCGGCACUCGACGUACCGCGACGCGCGCGGCGUGUUGCACUCGUACUUCUUCAGUUGGGAGCACGCGCCGACCCGCAGCCUGGAGGUGGACUGGCUGGACGCCAGGAACAUCUGUCGGCGCCACUGCAUGGACGCCGUGUCGCUGGAAACUCCUCAGGAGAACGAAUUCAUAAAGCAGAGGAUCGCUCGCGGUAACGUGCGCUACAUCUGGACGUCUGGCCGUAAAUGCAACUUCGCGGGAUGCGACAGGCCCGACCUGCAGCCCCCGAACGUGAACGGCUGGUUCUGGUCGGGCUCGGGCGCGAAGAUUGGGCCCACCACGCAGCGCAACACCGGCGACUGGUCCUACACCGGCGGGUACGGACAGCCCCAACCUGACAAUCGUGAAGCUGCCCAGGGCAACGACGAGUCAUGCCUGGCAAUCCUGAACAACUUCUACAACGACGGCAUCAAGUGGCACGACGUGGCGUGUCACCACGUGAAGCCCUUCGUCUGCGAGGACAGCGACGAGCUCCUCAACUUCGUGCGCUCGCGCAACCCUCAGCUGCGCCUAUGAGCCCCCCAUUGAAGCCUCGCCCUCUAAUUUAGAUGGCUGACAUUGUACAAAACUGAGUGGCUAUCGAUUUAAGUUAUUUAUUAAAUUAACAUACUUCAACAUUA